AUGGUUCUCGGGAAGCACUUCAUCGGCGACAUCAAAUCACCCGUCGAAAGGGCCUUAAAAUGCCUUCUCGAAGUAAACCCCGGACUGGGACUCAUCGAAUCACACAAAGGCGGAAGUGGCCAUGAACCCGCUCACGCCGGAUUCGUAGGCAACGGUAUGCUAGAUAUCGCCGUCGCCGGUGAUAUCUUCGCCUCUCCAUCUGCUGCUCAGAUACUAGUAGGCUUGAAAGCAAUCAAGGGCACCAAAGGAACCCUCAUGAUCGUAAAAAACUAUACAGGUGACAAACUUAACUUCGGCCUAGCAGCCCAAAAGGCCCGUUCCGAAGGCCAAGAAGUUUCAGUCGUCUUCGUAAAUGAAGAUGCUUCGCUUGAUGCCGAAUCUCUAGUCGGUAGAAGAGGUCUUGCCGGUACGGUUUUUGUGCAUAAAAUCGCUGGAGCUGCUGCGUCUCGAGGACUUGGCCUCUCAGAGGUUACGAGGAUUGCGCAAAAGGUGGCGGAUAGUGUUACCACUGUUGGUGUUAGUUUGGAUAGGUGUAGUGUCCCUGGGAGGGGUGGACAAGAGGGACUUGGGGGUGGUGAAUUGGAGUACGGGAUGGGCAUACACAACGAACCCGGUGUCCUCCGCACCAACCUCACAGACCUCUCUUCAACUGUCUCAAAAGUCUUAUCCUACCUUCUAUCCCCAUCCUCACCCGUAUCCUUCCACAAAAAAGACACCAUCGCCGUCUUAAUCAACAAUCUCGGCGGCCUAAGCAUCCUAGAACUCAACGUAAUCGCCCAGGAAGUUCUAACCCAACUCUCAAACGGUCCCCAGCAGUUCACCAUCUCUAGAAAAUACAUCGGAUCCUUCAUGACCAGUCUCGACGGUCCCGGUUUUUCAAUCACAAUCCUCAAACACGACGAUGAGAUUUUGGGAUUACUAGACGAACAAACCGAAGUUCAAGCCUGGCCGAAGCAAUUUACUGAUGAAGAAUACACACCCGUCGAAUCUCGAAUUACUCAAUACUCACCACCAAAUAAACCCACAUACUCACCCAACCCCCACCUCAUCGUCCCCGCAAACCUGCUAACCAAAAUCUCUUCAUCCCUUCUAACAAAAAUCCAAUCCGAAGAACCAACAAUCACAAAAUACGACACACUAGUCGGCGACGGCGACUGCGGAACCACCCUACUAAAGGGCGUAACAUCCAUCAACGACGCCUUCAAAAACGGAAAAGUAGAUACGACAGAUCUAUCAACCACCUUUGAAUCCAUCGCAGAAAUAGUAGAAUCUAGUAUGGGCGGUACAUCCGGUGCCAUCUACGGUAUCUUUCUUAACGCAUUUGUAAACAAUCUUAGAAACUCUAACGAUGGAGAAAAAAGUCUUCAGACUAUCCUUCAGAAAUCACUUUCCAAUGCUUUACAGGAGCUUUGUACAUUUACACUGGCAAGGAAGGGACAUAGAACCCUGAUGGACACGCUCAUUCCAUUCGUUGAAACCUUCCAGCGGACAGGAGAUCUCAAUAAAGCAGUGGAAGAAGCCGGGAAAGGGUGCGAAGAGACUAAAAAGAUGGAAGCUAAAUUGGGGAGGGCGAGUUACGUUAGUCACGAACAGGUGGAGAAGGAUGGAGGAGUGAUGGACCCCGGAGCUUUGGGAUUGAAAUGCAUUCUGGAAGUAUUGGGUCAAGAAUUGGCAUAA